ACGGGACACUGGAGCCUGCGGGUGGGACAGCGGUACAGUCCCCCAAAAAUGGGACUGUCCGAGAAAAUCAGGACAGAUGGGAGAUAACAACAUGUCCACUAUUGAGGCCAUCGUUACUGCAAAUAACCUUUUCACUGUGGAUUUAGCGAAACAGAUGAGUAGUGAACAGAAUGUGGCUGUGUCACCCCUUUGUAUGAUAACUGCCCUGGCACUGGUCUGUCUUGGAGCCAAAGGCAAUACUGAGACACAAAUGAAAAAGGUUCUUCACUUAGAAAACUGUGAAGAUGUACAUUCUGGAUUAACAGAUCUCAUAACUGCAUUGACUGUGUCCCAUGAAUACAUACUGGAUAUUGAGAGUACACUUUUUGUUGAACAGACAUUUAACAUCUCCAAAACAUACGUCAAUGUCUCGGAAAUGUGGUACAACUCAAAGCCAGACAAAACAGACUUUCAAAAUAAACCGAGGGAUGCCUGGAACCAUAUUAAUGGCUGGCUAAAAGAAAAAAGUGAAGGUACAUUCCUAAAUGUGUCAGAAGAGUCAAUUUCUUCUGAUACUAACUUUGUAGUCCUUAACACAGCAUAUUUACUGGCAAACUGGACACAGAGCUUUCCUGAACACAAAACUGAAAAUGAAUUAUUUACUCUAAGCACUAAGCAGUACAUAUACAGAGAGGGAUGCGUUCUGCAUCCCGAUGGUCUGUAUGCCGCCGGUCAACGACGGAUUCCUAACACCACUCGGGAGACCGUCGCCGAAACACUGACUGACAGAAUGUCAAAGAAUGAAACAGUACCUAUACAGCUGAUGUCUGUGGAAGGUACAUUUAAUUUUCGCAUCAUAAGUGAUGAAGAAUUGAGCAUCAUUGAGCUCCCAUAUGGAAAGUCAGGCAAUCUCUGUAUGUAUGUUAUACUGCCUGACAAGAGUAAUGGGAUACAAAGGGUAGAACAAGACCUGUCAUAUGAGAAACUGAAUGAUUGGACCAACUCUACUAAAAUGAAGAAAACAUUUAAUAGUAUUUUUCUCCCUCACUUCGAAAUAAAUAAAAGCUACUCCAUGAAAAGGGUUUUAUCACAAAUGGGAAUGACUGAUAUUUUCCUUCACACCAAAGCAAACCUGUCUGACAUAUCACAAGACAGUUUAUAUCUGUCAGAUGUCAUUAGUCUGGCAACUGUAAAAGCAGAUGAAGAUGGUACUAAAGAGUCAACUAGUGUCGAUGAUAAUCUUGAAAUUCUUUACUUAAUGCUGCCAAAGUUUACAUUUAAAGCAGAUCACCCAUUCAUAUUCAUUGUAAAGGAUAAACCAACUGAGUGUUUUCUUUUUUAUGGGACAUUUCAGCAUCCAUGAAAUAAAUGAAAGCUAGAGCACAAAGAAAGAUGCUUCAAUUGAUAAUUAUCAUUCAGAUUCUGUUUUUUAUUCCUUUACUGUUUUACUGAAUGUUACGUUAAGCAUGUUACCAAGUAAAAGUUUUCAUGAGAUACUGUACAUUAUUAUGUAUAAUAAUUAUAGCAGUAUUAACUGCAUUAAUACAAAGGUUGCACUGUAUUAGUACUGUUCAGGUACUGUAUGGAAUCUAUUAUUGGUAAUUUUGUGUCUUUCUAGAGAAACAAAUGGUGUUAUUUGGUGCACCAUGUCUAUAAUAUAUGUAGAUAUAUGUGGUGGGAUGUAAUGAAUUCCAAGUUCGGUGGCCGUGCGGGAUGCCGGGAAAACUUGUACUUUUUUUUAAAGGGGCAAUCAUUUACAAGGCUAAACCGUGACUUGUAAAUGAUUGCCCCUUUAAAAUAAAAGUCAGAGUUCGUCCAGCAUACUGCACGUUCGCCAAACUAGGACUUCAUUACAUACCGGGCGUGUAGUUGCAUUUUGCUCACAUUCUAUUCUACAUUAAGUGGCUUAUUUAAUAAUAAAUAAAAAAGAAAUUCUCCAUGAGCAAUCUUACAUGUUUGAAUGCAUUGUUUUCUAUGUGUAUCAGUGUUUAUUGUUAUCUGCCUAACCUUCAAAAAUAAAAUAAAUAAAUAAA